AUGAAUCGAUCAAAUCGAUCAUUAAUACCGAAGAGGUCCUCCAUAGCCUCUGAAAGACCAAGUUCAUUGCUCAAACAUCCAUCUGCUAUAUUAGCGAGAGUUGCACUACAUCAAAAGUCGGCCGCAGUUAUAGAAAGGAAAGUUGCAGACAAUACUAGUGAUUCAAGUCAUGAUGAGGGCGAUGAUCAGAUUGGAUCCUGUUUUACAUCCAGGUUCCCACUCUAUGGGCUGGACUGGACGGAUCUCGGUGAAAGUGGGCCUGGAACUGCGAGAAUUGCAACAAGUUCGUACAGAGAAGAUUACAAGAAUUAUAUCGAAGUAAUACAUGGAAUGCCACUUUUUGCUGAGACACCGGGUAAUGGCAAUAAUGGUGCAGACUACAAGAAUAAGGCGAAUAUUACAGCGUGGAAAUUUGAUAAAGUGGCAUCUGCUGCUGUCCGGUAUCCAGUUACUCGUCUUCAAUGGGAUCCAUCGAUGAGAUAUAAAGCAGGAUUUAGCAUUGACCGACUUGCAACCACAUCUGAAUGUCUCCGGAUAUAUGAGUAUGAGACUGAGGCUGAGGGUAUGGGAAAUAAUACAAUUACCGAAAAUAGCGGGAACAGAUACGAAAACAACGGAGAGUUCAAGACGUACGGAAACCUCACAGAGAAAUUGUGUCUUUCAAACUCCAAAAUCAAAGAUUUCAACCGGAUGGCACCACUCACGUCGUUUGACUGGAAUCUAGUGGAUCCAAGAUUGAUAAUAACGUGCUCUAUAGACACAACAUGCACACUAUGGGAUGUCAACAGGGGCUCUGGAGUGACAAAAGCUCAACUUAUUGCUCAUGACAACGAAGUGUACGAUGUGAAAUUCAUAUCUGGCGAGAAGAAUAUAUUUGUCAGCACUUCAAAGGAUGGAUCUGUUCGUCUUUUCGAUCUCAGAGAUCUCGAACACUCAACAAUUGUCUUUGAGGAGUCGCCAGCGACAAACAACCUACAUACUACAACAUCGGUCUCCGAGACAGCCAGCCAUCCACUGGUACGAUUAGCUCCAUCACACUACGAUGCAGAUCAUAUAGCUGUACUGGAAGCAAACAGCAGUCAGAUAAUUAUCUUAGACCUGAGGUACCCAGGUCAGCCAUUAACAACUUUAAACAGUCAUAAGUCGGCUGUGAACUCAAUUCAAUGGCAUCCAAGAAAAAACUUGCUUGCCAGUGGAUCUGAUGAUUCUGAAGUUUUGAUAUGGGACAUGGACAGGUUGAGCGACUAUAAGCCUCACGCAAUUCGACGUGCUAACAAGUCAAUCGACCCAAUUAUUCCUGUUGCUGGUUAUAAUGCUGGAGUUGAGGUCAAUAACAUUUGCUGGGAUCCAAGUGGAGAUUGGGUUGCACAAUUAGGCGGGAAGAAAAUACAGGCAGUCAAGAAUGAGAUCUGA